AUAGCUACUUCUGAUUUAUUAUUCAAUACUUCCUUAUCGACAACUCUAUACCUACCACCUUUAAAUAAUCCUCUUUUAUUUAUAAACCUAACAAUGGCUGCAACAACUGAUGAUAUUAUGAACUACCUUAAAGCAAAUACCAUUGCUGAUAAAUGGCAAACAACCUUCUAUGCAACUCAAAAUACAGCAGGAACACCAAAUUGGA